AAUAGCUGAUCAUCACAAGCUGUCCUGAACGGAAAGAGUCCCCAUAAUCGUUGAGGCUGGGCUGUGAUGGCCAUUGUACUGGGCACUCGCGUCGUCCGUGGUCCCAACUGGAAGUGGGACGACCAGGACCACGGCGAGGGCCAUGUCGGGACAGUGGUUUUCAUCGGGAAAGGAGACAUCGCCGACCGACCGGAGAAGACGGUUCUUGUCAUGUGGGACAUGGGGAGGAAGAAUAACUAUCGGGCUGGAUUCAACCGAUCCUAUGAUCUCAGAAUCUUCGACAAUGCGCAGACGGAUGUUGUUCAUCCUGAUGUGUCUUGCAUGAUAUGUGAGGACGAAGGGAUACAUGGUAUCAGAUGGAAAUGUUUUAACUGCUUUGAGUGUAACCUCUGCACACCGUGUUUCAUGUAUGGUAAACAUGAUAUCGGUCAUCAAUUCCAGAGGUUUAUCACAAAAGACUCUGCAGGGAGAGCUCUGUAUUGCAGACAAGGUGCAAGGAAGGUGGAAGCUCUUGGUACUUUCCCUGGGGCUCUGGUCCAGAGAGGCAACGAUUGGAAAUACGGAGACCAAGAUGGAGGAGAUAGCAGUCGUCCAGGUAACAUGAUAGACGUACAGGGUUGGGGGGAUAAGGGCAACCGAGCCGCUGCCGGGGUGAAGUGGCCCGGUAAGACCAACGAGUCAAAGAUCUACCGCUACCGUCUCGGAAUCGAGGGCAAGGUGGACAUCAAGUGCAAGGAGGAGGGCCGAGGAGGAACGUAUUAUCCCGAUCUAUUACCCAACCUAGGUGAAACGGAAGAACUGCAAGUUGGUGAUACUGUUGUAAUCCAGUUGAGUAAAGAUACUCUCAAAUCACUGGAUAUUGCCAAGAUUAGUGUGGCGAGAGAAACACAAGAGGUUGCUGGUGAGAAGGGCGUUGUCAAGGAGGUGACCAACCAGGGUGAACUCAGCAUCCACUUUUUAAGUGGACAGAAUGUAAAGAUUAAUCCUAUCGCAGUACGCAAGGUGUCAGCAUUCAGUGUCGGGGACAGGGUCCGGCUUAUCACCGACCAAUCACAAGCAGAGAAUCUUCAGAGAGGUCACGGAGGAUGGAAUCAUUCAAUGAGAAAGAUUCUUGGUCGAGAAGCUAAAGUAGAACAGAUCUACAGCGAUGGAGACGUCAAGGUCAAAAUAGAAGAUACAUCGAUAAGGCUACUCUUCCAUCCGGCAUGUCUGACAUUGAUAGAGUCAGGUCAACAUGAAACUGUAUUUGAACAAAAUCCAGAGGAUGGAUUCACAUCCCUGCUUGACCAGCGGAGGAAUCUUGAGUCCCUCCAAAGUGACGGGUCCAACAAGAAACUUAGUAAAGCAGCAGCUAUGGGCCGUGUCAGCGAUGUCAAAGAAAUCCUGGAGGCAAACCGAGACUUGAUUGAUUCAGUCUACUCGAAUCGCACCGCGCUCCAAGUAGCAGCUCAUCAAGGUCAUUUAUCGACAGUGAAGGAGUUGAUGAAAUAUAAACCUGCUCUGGAAGCAACCGAUAAUGAUGGAGAUACCGCACUGCUUUACGCUGUUUAUGGUAAUAAGCCAGCAUUGGUGGAAUACCUGUUGGACAAAGGAUGCUUCAUCAACAUCGUGAACAACCAGAAGAGAAGUUGCCUCCAUGUGGCUGCUCGUAGGGGUCACAUCAAGUGUGUCAAAAUCCUUCUCCGCAAGGGAUGCCAAUGUAAUAUGCAGGAUAAAGCUGGAGACCUUGCCCUCCAUGACGCUAUCCACAAGGACAAACGAGACGUGAUAGACGUCCUUGUACCCUGGCAUGAAUCCGAUCUUACCCUCCGCAACAAGAAAAGCCUAUCGGUGUUACAUUAUGCUGCCCUCAGGGGCAACGACUAUGCUGCUGGACGUCUUGUCUUUUAUGCUCCUCACCUGAUCAAGAUGAGGAAAGAUGACGGUCAAAAUGCUCUUCAUGUUGCCGCUAGCAACAACUUUGAGAAGGUUGCCCGCUGUCUCAUCGAGAAGGACAAGAGUAUACUGGAUGACCGUGACUCGCUACAGAAAACACCACUGUUGAUUGCUGUGUCAGGGGGGAAUGUAAACAUAGUGACACUGCUGGUUGAAGCUGGUGCGGAUGUCAAUGCCUGUGAUGGUGAUCGUGAUACCUGCCUGCAUAUAGCUGUGCUGAGAUACAAACACAACCCCUCUGGAAACGAUGCAGAAAUACUUCAGCCUUUAUGUAAAGGUGUGAGUGAGUCCUUACUGAAAAUGCCAGGGGUAGCAUUGAUCGUGUAUCUCAUCAUGAGAGGUGCUAGAAUUGAUGUGUAUAACCGCUCCCGGAGGACACCGCUACAGAUUUUGGAAGGGAAGAGUCUAGCGAUUGCCCUCAGUAGCAUAGCGAGAAACGUAGUCAGCACUAGCAUCCCAGCAUCUGUAGAUGAAGUGGACCAUGCUCUUCCUAACAGCGCUAGUCGGGUUUUCAACCUGAAAUCAACUAAGUCGACUCCGACCAGUCCACCACGAAGCCUAGAAAAGCCACAACAACAGCAACAAGGCAAGCAGCAGAAGACAUUGAAAUCUGGACAACCUCAACAAAGGCAACCCCAGCAACAAAGAAUUAAUCUGCCACAAAAGUCACCGCAGCUGUAUGUGGAAGAAGUGUCGCCUCCGCAGUUUGGCAAAUCUGUAUUUGAGGGUGUACACAGAAUCGACUUUAAAGAACUAGAUAUGGGUGUAGAGAUCGGCGGAGGCUCUUUUGCGAAGGUCUAUAGAGGGCGAUGGAGAGGAACCACCGUAGCGAUCAAGAAAAUGAACAUAGCUGGCAGCAAUCGAACGGAAAUAGAGAAAGAGGUGGACAUACACAAACAAGCGAUGCACCCUAAUAUCGUCCAGCUGAUGGCGCUGGGUUACAGUGAUGUAUCGGCAUACCUUGUCAUGACGUUCAUCCACGGCUCAACUCUACAAGACUAUAUCUUUCCCGGAGAGAAAAAAAAGAGUUGCGUGCUGACGGUCCCACAGAAGAACCUGAUAGCGAAGGAUGUGUUGAGUGCUCUGACCUUCAUGCACGCCAGUGGUCUCCUCCACCUAGACAUCAAACCAAGCAAUAUCUUGAUAGAGAAGGGGACUCUGAAGACGUACCUCUGUGAUCUUGGUCUGUCGUACAUCAAACAACGAGCUCAUAUGUCGCUCUCAAGUCAUAUCAGUAAAGCAAGAGGAACACCCAUGUACAUGGCACCUGAGAUGCAUGCCAACCACGCGUUAAAGGUAAGCAGUGCUCAGGAUAUCUGGUCGGUGGCCUGCUCCUUCAUCGAGCUCUACGGAGAGGUUCCGGUUUACCCUAAUACCAUGACACUCUGGGGGUUAGCGCAUCUUUUUAUGACGGGAUCGAUCGUACCCGAUUCCCUCCAAGAAGUCAUUGCGCCUCAGAAAGACAUUAUAAUGCCAUGUUUCAAUGUCAAAACCAAUGCUAGACCAAUGGCUCUCGAUCUGCUGUUGAAAUUUGAGGAACUCUGCGAAGAAUCGUGACGUCGGGAGACAAACUCUGCCGAUGCUGAGCCGUAACCUGUUGAAUUCGACCUCAGCGUGCAUUUAUAACUGACAUAUGAUAUUAUAAAUGACAUUAUGACAUUUUCUCACAUCAUGACUUUUAUAAAGCCAUGUUUCACUGAAAGCGUCAAUUGUAGACCAAGGACUAAGGAUGAACUGUUAACAUUUGAGGAACUCUGUGAAGAAUCAUGACUAUGGGAGACCAACUCUGCUUUAAGGCAGAGCUCAAUUCUGUUGAACAUGACUUAAGGUGCAGUAAAUUUGUUGUAUUACAUUUAACAAGAAAUGUUUCAGUGAAGACAUCGAUGCUAGACAAAGGGCUGGUGACCUACUGCUGACAUUUUAUGAGCUCUGUGAAGAAUCGUUACAUCGGCUCUGCUAAGGCUGAGCCUAAAUCUGCUCAACACAACCCCACGGUGCAUUAAUAUAAGUUUGUCAAAGACGUUAUAAAGCCAUGUUUCACUGAAGACACCAACACUAGACCAAUGGCUGGCGAAACCGAUGUUGAAAUUUGAGGAUCUCUGUGAAGAGUCGUGACGUUGGGUAGACAAACUCUGAUGACGCAGCGCUGUAAGCGGUUGAACAUUAAGACGAUCUACAAACUUAAAUCCACCUUUUUAAAUCCACCUAGCAUAUGUAUGAAGUCAGGUGGAUCAAUACUUUUGGGCUGCCAUCCAUUCUUAUGAAUGUUUCUUCAUCUUUCUUAGUGGGACACAGGUUCUUUUUUAACCAAAAUUUGUUUUGCCAAUCUUCAUUAAAUUGGCAAUGCAGUGAAUGUUCAAUUUUAAAUGUGGCGGGAACUCAGAAAGACACCAUGUAUUCUAGAAUAUCUUGUGAAGAUGACUGAAGAAGCAAGAAACUCUGAUAGGACUCACAAAAAGUGUCUUGUGUCAAGCAAUAUCACGACAGAGCCCUACUUUUAAAAAAACUCUGCAACCUUGUAAAGGUUUGUUUUAGGACUACCAGUGUUUAGAAUUGAACCUUAAGGCCUGUUUUCAUCAGCUCGAGUUUGCCAAAUAACCUGCUAUUUUCAGACUCGGAAUAUUAUCCCGAAGCUCGAAAUUGCAUCCUCACCAGACCGAUACGCUCAUCACAAACUAGCAUGGACAGGCGCAAAUAGCGAUAUAUUUUGGAAACAAAACCAACAUUUCUCUUGAUAUUUUCUUGACCAACUAUCCCGCUAAUUGCAACUGUGGGCUGAUGAAGACGCAAAUUAACUGGCAAAUUUGAGAUCAGGAUAAUCAAAAUAGCGGGUUAUUUGGCAAACUCGAGUUGAUGAAGACAGGCCUUAAAGAGAAACUAGGAGCUCUUCUGUAGCCUGCCAAUAUGUUGAAAAGUGUUACUACGUUAAGAAUGUACAUUUUAUUAUAUAUAUGUAUAUAACUACUGUGGCAAUAAUAAUAAUGAUGAUGAAUAUAUUCUUGAUUUAUAGUGCUUAUUACAUCAUCUCUGGUUUCGCAAACCGGCGUAUCUCCUGCACUUACGGCUAUGCAUCAGCUAACAAAACCAAUGACCCAAUGAUGUCUCUCUUAAGCCUUAAAAAAAUAAUGCUUUUACCCUGGUCAUUAGAUCAAGGGAUGCUAGCACACAUUGUGUACACAUUCUCCACUCCUUGGGGAGCAUUCCAGACAAGCACCUCUCUACAAGCCCAUACGAUGCUGAAUAUAUUCUUUUUCUUGGAUAUAGAAAUUAAAUUUUAACAUGCUCACUUCAAGCGCUCGCAACAUGCAAGAACAGGAUAAUUCUGGGCAACAAGAUUCCAUAAUAUCCUCCACUUUGUGCAUCAAGGUGACCGAAUACAUAUAUAUGAUUUGUUUGUAAUCCUGUAUAUUCGGUGAUGGGGUGUGUUGAUUUAAAACCACACUGUACUACUUGUAGCUACUUGCUCCCUCUAUACAGUGUGAGCCAAACAAAAG